GAUCCGGUGCAUCUUUCAUUGCUUUGCAAUCCUCCCAGUUGAAGAGGGCUGGCGAUGCUCUUCCACGACAUGCGUACAGCCAGAGCGUUUUGGCUGGGCAGAACACACCACCCAUUCUCCGAGCAUCCGCAGUGAACCCGGGUAAACAGUUUCUAUUGCUUUCGGCAACCGACGAGGACAACAGAUGGUCCGCUUCUGCCCAGGCUUUACCAUUUUGGGCUUUGGCAAACAUCAACGUUGCGAUGGCGGGGCAACUGCAUAAAGCUCGUGGGGAUCUCGUGGUGCCAUACCAGGGUCCUUACAUCCGGGAUGAGUACAUUCACCGCAUAUUCUUCAGGGUGUACGAACAACCUUCGAGAGUUCCCGGGCAAUUUCUGAGCAAUUAUGGACAGCUUCGACAAUGGAUGAGUCGCCAUGGUCUGAUUGGAGAGGCUGCCCGGAACGGUGGAAAGAUGUCAGAAUUGCUUAUGACGGCAGUUCGCAAGCGUCCCAACUCAUCAGUUUCUGUUGCUUCGAGCCCGCUGGAUCCUUUUACCUUCAUCACUAUCGACAAGGGAGUUGGUAUGAACAAGGUCAUGUCCGUCGAGAUUCAGAAGCAGAUCAAGGACAACGCAACCAGUGUCUCUGACUUCUUCUCAGAUUUGUACAAGUGGACAGAGGACCAAGUCAAGGAGGAGCACAGGAGAGAGAUCCGAAAGACAGCUCAGCAAGUAGGUGUCCAGGAAGCCCAGAAGCUGUUAGCAGCAAAGUCUGUCCAGCAAGAUGGGGUACCACCAACACCUGCGCCCAAUUCGGACAGUGAAAGGUUGGAUCCCAUCAAGCGCGAUGGAGCGCCGAUCGCUCAGUACUACCAUACUUGGGACAGAUACGACCCAGAAGCAGAAGUGGAGCGAAUAGAAGACCAGGCUUUCCAGACGCAACGAGCGGAAAAAGAAGCUCGACAAGCUGAGAAGGACCGAAUCUUGGAUGAAAUGGCGUUGCAACCCAACGGCGACCGAACGCGAACAUCCACGGCCAAGCCGCGAGUGAAGGUGUCAGUUCGGCGCAGCGGGCGCAAGGUUGCACCGGUCGAUCUUGCUGCACCGCGCAAAGAUGAGGCAAACCGUCUCUUUGCGGCAGGACGCUACAGAGAGGCCAUUGCGGCUUACACCGCUGCAAUCGACUGCCUUGACAAGUACGAGCCGGCAGUUGGCACGGCAGGUUCACGUCAGGGUGACUCAGGUGACAGGGUGCAGGAGGCUGACUGUGCAGGCGAGGAAAAGGAGGCAAUCAUGCUCAAGGUUGCUUUGCUGGCUAAUCGGGCACUGGCUUGCCUUAAGCUGGAGGAUUGGCGCGAAUGUGUGCUUGAUGCCUCCGAGGCAUUGAGGUUUGAGCCCAUGCACCACAAGGCCGUCUUGCGCCGUGGCUUUGCUCUUGCACGCAUGAAGCGAUGGGGACCUGCAUCUAAAGACCUGGAGCAUGCUGUCAACGCUGAUCCGGGUGACAAGAAGGCCGUUGCCGAGUUGCAAAUGGUGCGUCGAAUGCUGGCGGAACAGGCUAAGGACGCCCGCGCCCAUGCUAAGUGUGUCAUGAGCGAUAGCACACGUUCGGCAGCCAUGCCGACGAGAAAGCUCGUCGUGAAAGUCAGGGCAAAGCCUACGAAGCUCAAGGAAGCAAUGCAGGAAGUGGAGCCGGCAAAGCCAGAGGCGGUUCCUCCAGGUGUACUAGAACCUUCUGGCCCUGCCACAGUGCCCUCUCCUUCGCCUUCAACUCGGACAUACGUUCCCCGCAGUGUGCGAAUGCGUCGGCAGCCAAUUACGGAGGCAGGCCUCAGUGGCCGUCAAGUUGCAUCUGGGAGAUCUAUGAGUUUCUACCAGUUUGAGGCGCAGUGGGCUCGCAGUUUGCCGCGCGAACGGAAUGCCUUACUGCGAAAACUGGGCGCAGCUUCUCUUCCAGCACUCUUUCGAGAGUCUCUGGAUUCAGAGCUGGUCGCAUCUAUCGUAGAGGCAUUGGACAUCGAUCUCAGUGAAGGACAGGCUCCUUCGUCACAGUUUGCCAUCGAGGUUCUUGGGGCGCUCUCGAGGACCCUUCGGUUUGAGCUGAGCCUGCAGAGCCUCACUGCAAGCGAGCGCGACAAGCUGGAUGAGGUGCUCAAAACGCUUCGCGCAAAUGCUUCGCCGCAGGAGAUGGCCCAGCUUGAUGAAGCCUACAGGCCGUCAGCAACAUCUGCUUCCCAACCCAACGUGGAGGACGUGGAUGAGGACGAUGUUCCAGACGCAGCCGAGCAG